GACAGAAACACAGGCAGGCAGACAGGUGGACAAACAGACAGACAGUUCUCUAUGGAGUAUUGGACCCCAGGACAUCCUUCUUGCUCCUCCCUCCUGCCCCGCCUGGCCCCACCCUUCUCCGCCUGACACGCCUCUACACCUGAACGAGAUCGCACACCAGGACCGCCGUCACCAUGGAGACAGUCGCCACGGACACGGAUAUCCUGGAGCCUGAUUGGGGGAGGUGUCAAAAUAAGGAGCAGAAGGAGAGAAUGUUGGUGCGGCUGCGGGGAAUGCAGAAGUACAAGAGUGCAGCGCAAAGGCUGCGCUGCCUGUCCCAGCAGCUGGAGAGGGGGGAGGUGUCGGUGGAGGAUGUGAAAAGGAGUGUAGAGCAAGCUGCUGACGUCCUGGACACAGUCUAUAUAGACCACACAAGACGUCUCCUCGAAACAGACGAUGACCUCAGUGAAAUCCAGACAGAGUCUGUUCCCUCCGAAGUCCGGGAUUGGCUGGCCUCCACCUUCACCAGGAAGGUGGCCGUGGCCAGGCGUCGUCCAGCCGAGAAGCCGAGGUUCCGCACCAUCGUCCACGCCGUGCAGGCCGGCAUCUUUGUAGAGAGUCUCCCAAGUUCAGGAGCCGUGGUGGGGUCUGUCCAGAGACACAGCGUGGGAGGGUCAUGUGACUACUCCCUGGCCAGCGUGGACCUGACCCGCCUGCGUCACGACAUGACACACGCCAUCGUCACCAACAAGGAGCGCUGGAGGGAGCUGGCCCAGCACGAGUUGGCCAAUAAGGAGAGGCCAUGUGACAAGAAAGAGGCGGACCCUCAGGAAAACAUGCCAGCCGUCGCUGUGGAAACAGUCAGUGAUGCGACUGGUCCGGAGAUCAAGGAGGAGCCUGUGUCAGAAAUACACUCCCACAAUGCACUGGGACAGGACAGUGUGAACCCAACUGAGAACAAGACCCUCUCCUGGAACGGGGUCAAUGAGGAUGAGGAGGAAGAGGAGGAGAAACAACAGACCCAUCAAUGUCUUCCCUCGGAUGAAGAGGGACAUCUUCAGUAA